ACGGCCGAGAGCCGCACCACGGCGGAGUACUGCGAGAAGCUCCAGACGUGGAUGUGGCAGUACUACACUGGWUAUGUGAACUGGCAGAGCUGCCUGGCGGCGUCCGCGAUGUCCUGCCCUUAUUAUCUGCAGCCACCCGGCGGGUCUCCGACGGCUGCCGAUUUCAACCCACAUAGCUGGCAUAAUGGUCCGUUUGGGCUUCCGUUGUCGCCGUAUCCGCCAGCGGUGAACUCCCCGGGCGGCCGAGCAGGAGARGCCGCUGUUGGAGCCGCAGCGGCCGCUCAGCAGCAGCAGCCGCAGGCGAACGGAAACGCUCAGAGACCAGGUCGGGAGUACGGCAUUCCCUCACCUCUCCAAAGACUCAUGGCUGAAAUGGUGGACUUCUUCAUAUUGUUUUUCAUCAAAGCAACUAUAAUCAUCAGUAUCAUGCAUCURAGUGGAAUCAAAGAUGUUUCCAAGUUCGCCAUGCAUUUCAUCGUGGAGGAGAUCGAUGAAGACACGUCGAUGGAGGAGCUACAGAAAAUGAUGCUUGUUGCUCUUGUGUACCGGGUUUUAGUGUGUUUUUAUGAGAUUGUUUGCAUUUGGGGAGCAGGAGGUGCCACCCCGGGGAAGUUUCUCCUCGGACUUCGGGUCGUCACGUGUGACUCGUCCGUUCUGGUCCAGCCCAAYAGAGUGCUUGUGGUUCCGGCAACGAACGUGUCUCUGUCUGCGUCGACGGUUCGAGCCUUGAACAAGAACUUUUCCAUCGCCUUCUUUUUCCCGGCCUUCAUCACGCUCCUCUUCUUCCAGCACAACAGGACUGUGUACGACAUGGUGGCUGGGACGAUCGUUGUCAAGCGGUCCAGGGUCAGAUGACGCUGAAGUGGACAGAAAAGAAGAAAAAGAAAUUUUACCAAGACUCAGAACAGAAACGAAGGGUUUUUUUUAAAAAUGAAAAUACCCACAAAACUGAGACGCUGUGUUCAGAAUCACUGGAACGUUUCGGAUUGAAGCUGAAUCAGUUUGAACUGCUUUAGGGUCUCGUUUGUUUGUCACACACACACACACACACACACACACACACACACACACACACACACACACACACACAUACACACACACACACACACACUCACUCACACUGUAUUCUGCAUGCGUGUCCACAUGCUGCGCUCACUAUCUGCUCCUGAGCGAUCUGGAAACACACUUUUUUAAAAUCAACACAAAGCUCUGCCUUGUUUUAAAUUCUUGUUGAGAUUCAGGGUGAAUGUUGUGCAUCACUCAGUAUUUAAAUUUGUGUAACUUUACCUUUAAUAUAUUUAUAAAAUUACAGCCCUGUUUUCCAGAAACGGUUGUGUAAAAUGCAAAAUGAAAACUGGAAGAAGUCCAUCUGAAGUAAGUUUGGAACAAUUAAAUCUUGAGGAAAUGAGAAGAUCUGUUUGGUAAACAAAUCAGGCCAUUUGUGUAUCUGAUUUGCAUUCCUAAUGCAGUUUCUGACAUAAACAAGGCCAUUGCUGUACAGGAAGUGGUCUACUCAGAAAGUA